CCUUUAUUGCCGACUGUUUCUAUCUCUUCUCUCUCCCUUCCUUUGGAGAUAAAACAUGCGUUGGCGAGAUCGUACUCUAUCUGGAAGCCUGUUUUGAUCUCAUUUUCUCCAAUGAAUGGAGAAUCACCUAAAUUUUCCCGUCUCCGGGUGAUUUUAGCCACCAGCGUAGGUUCUCAUCAGGCAUUCUUUUCAUAUGUUGAUGAUUGCUUCUGCUGUAUUCUCAUGGUCAAUAGAAGAAAGAAGAAGAUUGGUAUUAGUCCUUUACUUGAAGCAAACAUAAAGGAACCCAAGAAGCUUCAAGUCCUUGAUUCCAAAGAUAUUUCAAGAAGAAACACCAUGUUGUAUCUCACGACUGGAUUCCUUGGAGGGAUCAACAUUCUCCAUGGUGAAGCCGCAGAAGCUCGAGUAGGGAGAAAGGAGAACAGGAAAAAAGCAAUGGAGAAGCUGAUGGCGAAGGCGAAAGAGUCAGAGCCGCCCAACAAGUCAGAAAACCAAAAGAUAGAGAAAGAGUUAGAGAAAGAAGAAGUAUUUCCUCUACUUCCUCCUCCUCUUGUGGUGGAGGCAAACAUGUUUCAAUAAGCUAUCUCCCUCACUCUCUCUUUUGUUUACUCAUAGAGACACAAUGUGUGAGAAUCAAAAGCUUUUCAUUCCAACACCCAAUUGAGUAAA